AUGGCUCUUGGGAAAUCUCUUACAGGAAAGAAAGCCGUGCUGUCACUGUAUCGGUCAGCUCUGCGACAAGUGCGACUACUUCCCCAUAACUAUCUCCGACAGUAUUUCCGAAUUAAAUUCGCGGACGAUGCACAUAGGAUUUUAGGAACAUGGGAAAAUGAAGGGCUGAGAUAUUACAAGAUCAAGCGAGUGCGCAAGGAAGUGACAAAACUCGAACGUGCAAACGCAGGGGACAGGCAUUAUCUCUUGCGCGCCAUGAAUUUUGCAUACGGUCGUAGUGGUCCUUUGAAGUAUGCUAUAACAGAGCCUCUUCUCUCUAACCCUGGCGCUGAUGCACCACCCCGAAUUAUCUCGUCUUUGGAACAUUCUCGACCUCCGGUGUUUUCGCCGGAGUUGUCUGCCUUGCUUACAUCUAGCCAAUCUCGGCUCGCGAACAAGGCUCUUGUCCCGGCUGAUCUCGUCCGUCCACCGCUUUUGCCUCCCCAAGCAGACCCCAAUUCGACAGAGGCGCGCCUCUUUGGGCCCCUCAGUAAGCUCCGUGAAGUCAAUAUUCGUCAGAGGUUCUUCAAAGCCCAGUGGAAAACCAUUAUACCCCCACUCGAAGUCACGGUGAGAACCAAUGGUCAGGGCAGUACUGCAGAGUCUACGGGCUGGGAUGAUGUGAAACGUGCUGGUAUUCGAGGUAUCGGUUUGCAGGGAGCGGGUGUCUUCCGAGAAUUACAGAUCUUGGCUGGUCCCGUUGGGCAAAGCCCUCCCAAGCCUCGGAGACAACGCCAAACAAUUAACGGCCUCGAGAGUGACAAUGAUUCUCCACGAGAACCCACAACACCUCCUGCUCCGAAUAGAUAUCUUCGGCGGCGAUAUCGAGAGUUUCUACGGAGCAUCCCAAUUCUCAAGUACACUCCUCCAGCCGACAAAUCCGCGAGCGAACCCAAUCGGAAAGGCAGGUAUCAUGUGGCUCUGGCUCCCAACCUUCUCUCGACAAAUUCCCGCGCCCCCCACAGCUUACCAGAAGCUGAUGUAGUCGAUAUCGCAUGGCUAGAGCGGGGCCGGCCACAUAAACAUAGCGCAAAAAUUACACCACAAUCAAAGUAGUUCUGUUCCGUCAAACCAGAUAUGCAAGUGUUGAUAAAUAUGAGCUGUAAUGGUUUUGGAAGACCAUCAUGACCCCUCAUCUCCGUCUUCUCCUAAUUCCAGCCCAUGCAAGUCUAUGACAUACAUGCUGUAAUUCCUGUCUGUAGCUUGUGGGGCACCGUUACGGUUACUUUGAUCGACACCACACUGUAAAUCGAGCAUGGCUUUGUACUCGUCG